AUGACGACAGCGCGUGAGAACCCUUACGAAGGCGGAGGAGGCUUUGGCAAAUUCCGAAAAAGACCUUUCCGGAAAACCCAACCAACGCCGUACGAUCGGCCGCCGACAGCCCUCAGAAACCCUAACCUAAACAACGGCUGGCUCUCCAAGUUCAUUGAUCCCGCCCAGAGGCUCAUCACUUACAGCGCUCACAAGCUUUUCUCCGCCGUUUUCCGCAAACGUCUUCCUCCACCACCUCCUUCAGAAACAGUACAAGAAGCAAGUGACAAACGCCAGAAAGCAGUUACCUUUGAGGAACAGGUUGCAAGUGAGUCGUCUGGCAAGCAACAAGGAGUAGUUGGUGAAAGUAGUGAUCAAACCAACCUAUCCGAUCGAGUUUGUCUACCUGAACUUGAGAAACUGUUGAAUCAGAAGACUUUCACUAGAUCAGAGACUGAUCAUUUGAUAGAGCUUAUGCGCUCAAGGUCUGUAGAUACAUCUGUUGGGGAAGAAGGGAAGAAGAGAGAAGUGGUUCCAUUAGAAUCAUUGCAUCGUAACCAAAAGGAAGAGUAUCCCCAAACUCCUGCACUAGAAAAUAGAAUUGAAAACCAACUUGUUUCAACCCCACACACCACUUCCAGUAUUUCUGUCGAAGAUGUUGCUUCACCUGCACAGCUAGCGAAGGCUUAUAUGGAGAGUAGGCCUUCCAAGGUAGCCCCAUCAGUGUUAACCUUGCGAAGUCCUACCAGGGAAGAUUCAACUCUACUAAAAGGCCACUAUGCUCCAAAAUCCCCUAUUAUGUCAAUUGUGCCAAGGGCUACUAACCAUGCCAGGGUUUAUGAAAAUGGGUUUUUGACCCCAAGAUCUCGUGGAAGAUCAGCAAUCUACACCAUGGCUCAAACACCUUAUCCUAAAGUAUACCCAGCCUCCACACUUAAGGGUGCUGGGGUUGGUGUUGAAGAUGGGCCGUCAUCUUCAACUCAGCAUGCAUUUAGUAAUGGUAUACUCUCUGGAACCAAACAAGGGGGACUGAAACGUAGAAGUUCUGUAUUAGGUAAUGAUAUAGGAUCUUUUGGCCGUAUACGCCGAAUCCGUCACAAGUCUAAUCUUCUAUCUUCUAAAGGAUUGACCUUGACUCACUCAAACAACCCUCUAUCUAUUACUAGUAGUGGGGCUGGUAGUGACACUGCUCAGCAACCUUCAUCUUUCAUGCAGAAGCCUACUCAGUCGGAUCAAGUUAAUUACAUCCAUAGCAAAUCACCACGGGAAAAUGUAGGUGACACCAUGCCUAGCAGCAGCUUUCCUCCUUUACCAUCCAAAUCUAGUGAGAUGGCCUCAAAAAUACUGCAGCAACUUGAUAAUAUGGUUUCUCCCAAAGAAAAAUCAUCGGUACUAAGGCUGCCAAACGUGAAUGAUAAAUCUCCAACAAAGUUGUCAUCUUCUAUGUUACGAGGACAAGCUCUUCGAAGCAUGGAAGCAGUAGAUUCCUCAAAAUUAUUGGAUAAUGUAAAGGAUAAUGAAUUAGACGGCACUCUUAAAAGUUUGUCUGCUAGUACUCAAAAGUUGACAUCAAAGAUAAACAAGGUGGAAAAUGGUCAGAAGCCUGUUUCACUGAAUGGUGGAUUAACUCCUGAAGUAACUGGUUCAGACUCUACUGUCCCAAGAAACCAAGUCAUAUCUAUUGGAAAGUCUGGAGAUUCUUCUGAUCCUCCCUCAAAAAAGUGGGCAUUCCGUAUGAGUGCACAUGAGGAUUAUCUGGAGUUUGACGAUGAUGCCUAUCCUAAUGAAGCUGUGUCUCCUUUUUCUACAUCCGAGAAAGAAAAAGGCUCUACUCCUGCGGCUGAGAAAACAGUCUCUGCUAUUGAAAAACCUGUGCAGAAGACACCACAAGGUUCAUCUGUAGUGACGUCGUCCAAAAAUUUUAUAGCAGAUAGUAAACUUAGUACUGCUGAUGGUUCUAUAGUUGCUAAGGUUGACACACCGACUUCAAUAACUUCAUCUAUUGCUACUGAUCCUACUGUUAAGCCAAAGCUAACAGGUGCUGAUCCUCAAUCAAAAGAGUCCACUAAAACAGCUCCAGUAUUUGGUGAAGUUAAAAUGGCUCCAUUAAAGGAAACAAGUGCUGAUGCUACAACUGUUAAUUUUGGUUUCAACAAAAAUAUUGACAGUGUUCCACAACCAUCAUUUACUUUCUCUUCAUCUGCUGGUGGUGAGUCUACUUUUUUCAAAUUUGGCGGGGCUUCUGACUCAAAGCCGAGCUCCACCAGCUCAAUUACUGUUGCCGGUGUUGAUUCAGUGCCAAAAUUUCUUGAAUCAAAUAAUGCUGAUGUCAAGGCUAGUAUAGUUUCUGAAUUCUCUGCUCCAUCAUUAAAACCAUCUGCAGCAUCUACGUCAUUGACAACAUCACCUGCAAAUAUAUUUACUUUUGGCAACAGUUCAAGUCAAAAUAAUGGAUCCGCUGCUUCAGGCUCUACACUGUCCUCCCCAUUUCUACCUGUGGUUUCAAAUAGUCUUACAAGUCAGAAUAUGUUCAGUACCUCAUCCCUUGCCACAAGCAGCAGCAGCAUUAGUGCCACUGCUACUUCCACCACUAGCAUGACAGCCAGCACCCCGGUUGUUAAUGCGUCCAGCACUAGCUGUUCCUCUACCUCUGUGAUGACGUCUUUAUCUCCAACAACUUCCCUUUUCAAAUUUGGAUCCACCCCUUUACCAUCAACAAGUUUACCUGUUUCAUCUUCUCACUCAGAACCCGUGGAAACCAAGAUCGGACAGAAUGCUGGAAUCGGUAAAAUUGAAAGCACUUCCUUUGGAAGCUCUUCUGCUGCUGUUGGAAAUGCCGGGAAUGGCAUUUUUGGGCUAAGUUCAUUGGCAACAUCUGCAAAUAGCCAGUCCCAGACACAGGGUUCUGUCUUUGGCACUAUAAGUGGGUCUACCAUUGGUACUUUGGCACCUAGUGCUACCGGUGGGUUUGCAACUUCAACUCAGAGUCAGUCUGUGGCAUUUGGUUCAUCUGCACCAUCCCCGUUGUUUGGGUUGACUGGAAGUUCAUCGCUCUCUUCUUCAACUCCUGCAACAAAUAUUUUUAGCUCUGGUACGACGGCUGGACAAAGCACCCCUGCUUCUUCUUUGGAAGCCAACCCUGUUAGCUCUAAUAAUGGCACAAAUUCUACCUUAUUUGGGGUUCCUAGUUGGCAGCCGAGCAAGUCGUCUCCAUUUGGCACCCCCUUUAGUUCAUCAUCAUCGUCUUCAUCUACCUCUGUGUUUUCCUUUGGAACAUCCGCUCCUUCUGUUGCUUCCACCAGCUCUCCCAUGGUAUUUGGAUCAUCUACAGGUGCAUCAGGUUCUCAAUUCUCAUUCACUUCAGCUGCAGCCACUACCAAUACGCAGCCUGCUUUUGGAAAUUCUAGUCCCGUCUUUGCAUUUGGUUCAGCUUCUGUUAAUAAUGAUCAGAUGAGCAUGGAAGACAGUAUGGCUGAGGACACAGUUCAAGCAACUCAACCCGUCACUCCUGUCACUCCUGUAUUUGGUCAGCAACCAGCCCAAUCUCAAUCAAAUUUUGUAUUUGGAGCACCGACUCCUACUGGAGCUAGCCCUUUCCAGUUUGGGGGUCAACAGAAUAUUGCUCCACAGAAUCCAUCUCCAUUUCAGGCUUCUGGCAGUCUAGAAUUUAAUGCGGGAGGGAGUUUCUCAUUGGGCACUGGUGGUGUUGAUAAGUCUGGUCGAAAGCAUAUUAAAAUUAAACACAGGCAGCGUAAGAAGUAA